UAAAAUUUCUUUUCUUUUAUUUCUGUAAUUUUCUCUCUCUUUAUUUCUUCUUCGUCGUCAAACCAGCCAUCAUAAUUCCAUCUCUCUGAAAGGCCAGGCCUCACUCGAAAAAUUCUCUUUCGACGAGUUUCCUCCAUAAUCCAUCAUCACUCUCACGCACGUAGAGAUCUCACUCUCAGUGGACUCUGCUGCUUCUUCCUUUACAGCACGUACUACAAGCCUUUAUUCUUUUUGUGCUUAGAAUAACAGUGAGAAGAAGAAUUUUCCAGGAUGUCUGCCUCUGCAAAGUCUUUGGAUCCUGCAUUUCAAGGAGUGGGUCAAAGGCUGGGCACUGAAAUCUGGAGAAUUGAAAAUUUUCAACCGGUUCCAUUGCCUAAGUCUGACUAUGGAAAAUUCUACAUGGGAGAUUGCUACAUCAUCUUGCAGACAUCAAGUGGCAGGGGAGGUGCUUAUCUGUAUGACAUACAUUUCUGGAUUGGAAAAGAUUCAAGUCAGGAUGAAGCUGGAACAGCGGCUAUUAAAACAAUUGAACUUGAUGCUGUUCUUGGAGGGCGUGCAGUGCAGCAUAGGGAAAUUCAAGGACAUGAAUCUGACAAAUUUUUAUCAUAUUUUAAACCUUGUAUUAUACCGUUAGAGGGAGGUGUUGCAUCUGGAUUCAGAAAACCUGAGGAAGAAGAGUUUGAAACACGCCUUUAUGUAUGCAAAGGAAAACGAGUUGUCAGGAUGAAGCAGGUUCCUUUUGCUCGGUCUUCACUAAAUCAUGAUGAUGUGUUUAUCCUGGACACUCAGGAUAAGAUUUAUCAAUUCAAUGGUGCAAAUUCCAAUAUACAGGAAAGGGCCAAGGCUUUGGAAGUAAUUCAAUUUUUGAAGGACAAGUAUCAUGAGGGGAAGUGCAAUGUUGCAAUUGUUGAUGAUGGUAAAUUAGACACAGAGUCCGAUUCAGGUGAAUUUUGGGUUCUCUUUGGUGGUUUUGCUCCAAUUGGCAAGAAGGUUGCUAGUGAAGAUGAUAUUGUUCCAGAAAGGACCCCUGCUAAACUUUACAGCAUUGAAGAUGGUCAAGCUAUGCUUGUAGAGGGUGAACUCUCCAAAUCCAUGUUGGAAAACAAUAAAUGUUAUCUACUGGAUCGUGGCAAUGAAAUAUAUGUUUGGGUUGGCCGGGUAACUCAAGUGGAGGAGAGAAAAGUUGCUGGUCAAGCUGUUGAGGAAUUUCUUGCUAGCCAAAAUAGGCCAAAAUCAACAAGGAUAACCAGGGUCAUCCAAGGUUAUGAGACACAUGCAUUUAAGUCAAACUUUGAUUCUUGGCCAUCAGGUUCAGCAACUUCUGGUACUGAGGAGGGAAGGGGGAAAGUAGCAGCUUUGUUGAAGCAACAAGGUGGUGUUAUCAAAGGCAUGAACAAAAGUACUCCAACAAUUGAGGAAGUCCCACCUUUGCUUGAAGGAGGUGGAAAGAUGGAGGUAUGGUGCAUUAAUGGAAGUGCCAAGACUCCCUUGCCCAACGAGGAUAUUGGGAAAUUUUACAGUGGAGACUGCUACAUUGUGCUUUAUACUUAUCACUCAGGUGAUAGGAAGGAAGAUUACUUUUUAUGUUGUUGGAUUGGCACUGAUAGCGUUGAGGAGGACCAAAAGAUGGCUGCUCGGUUGGCUAAUACAAUGUGCAACUCACUGAAGGGAAGACCUGUUCAGGGUCGGAUAUUUCAAGGUAAAGAGCCACCACAAUUUGUUGCCCUCUUUCAACCUAUGGUGGUCCUUAAGGGUGGUUUGAGCUCUGGUUACAAAAAGUACAUAGAGGACAAAGGUUUAACAGAUGAAACUUAUACAGCAGAAAGUAUUGCACUCAUUCGGAUAUCUGGAACUUCCAUUCAUAACAAUAAGGCAGUGCAAGUUGAUGCGGUGGGUACAUCAUUGAACUCUACUGAGUGUUUCCUCUUGCAAUCUGGCAAUUCCAUUUUCGCUUGGCAUGGAAAAGAAAGCACCUCCCAGCAUCAGCAAUUGGCUGCAAAAGUUGCUGAAUUUUUGAAGCCAGGUGUUUCUAUAAAACAUUCCAAAGAAGGGACAGAGAGCUCUGCUUUCUGGUUUGCACUAGGAGGGAAACAAAGUUACACCAGCAAAAAGGUUUCUGCAGAAGUCGUCAGAGAUCCUCACUUGUUUACAUUUUCGUUUAAUAAAGGAAAGUUUGAGGUUGAGGAAGUUUACAACUUCUCACAAGAUGAUCUGCUGACUGAGGAUAUUUUGCUGCUUGACACACAUGCUGAAGUGUUUGUUUGGGUUGGUCAGUCUGUAGACUCCAAAGAAAAGCAAAAUGCUUUUGAAAUUGGCCAGAAUUACAUAAACAUUGCUGCAUCUCUGGAGGGAUUGUCUCCUAAAGUUCCACUAUACAAAGUCACUGAAGGAAGUGAGCCAUGCUUCUUCACAACAUUCUUUUCAUGGGAUUCAACAAAAGCUACCGUUCAAGGAAACUCAUUCCAGAAGAAGGUGGCAUUGCUCUUUGGGGUUAGCCAUGUUGCAGAGGAUAAGUCAAACAUAAGCCAGGGGGGACAAACUCAAAGAGCUUCUGCCUUAGCUGCCUUAUCCACUGCUUUUAAUCCAUCUUCUGGGAAAUUCAAUUCGACACCAGGAAGCAAAGGUUCUGCUACAAAACCUUCAAGCGCUGGCCGGGGAUCACAAAGAGCAGCAGCAGUAGCGGCUCUUUCCUCAGUUCUUACUGCUGAAAAGAAGAGAUCACCUGAUGCUUCUCCUCCUCCAGAAACUAACCCUCCUUCUGAAUCUGGGCAGUCAGAAUCAGAUUCUCAAGAAGUUGCUGAGGUUAAGGAGGCUGAGGAAGUUGAGCUGGUAUCUGAAAGGAAUGGAGAGGAACAGACUUCACAGGCUGAUAAUGGCACUGAAUCAGUUUUAAGUACGUUCAGUUAUGAUCAACUGAAGUCCAAAUCUGAGAACCCGGUUACUGGGAUUGAUUUUAAACGAAGAGAGGCCUAUCUGUCAGACGAGGAGUUUGAGACUGUGUUUGGGAUGACAAAAGAAGCAUUUUAUAAGUUACCAAAAUGGAAGCAAGACAUGCAAAAGAAGAAAGUUUAUCUAUUCUAGGAGCUUUUUGGAGGAGUGAGUAAUCUGGUUCAUUAGCAUUCUAAUUACAAGUUGGUCUAUUUUGAUUGAUUUUGAAAGCUGCUGCUUUUUUCUAGCAUGAGAGAUUGUAGUUUUAAAAGAGAUGUGGUGAGUCCAAUUCUUUGAUUUCGUUGGCAUGUAUUUUUCUCGUUUUGUGGUUGCUUCUUUUUGACAUUUUAUUAUCUUUAAUUUUGGCUUUAAGAAAAAACAGAAAAAAGGGGGGGUGUAUAUGUAAUGCAUUUGUAUUUCAAAUAACAGUAUAAGGAAUGAAAUUUGUUGUUGUCA